CCUGUGGAAUACUCUGAUUCAGCCGCACCAAUAGUAGUCGUCAAGAAAAAGGACGGGAAAAUUCGCAUUUGCGCGGAUUACUCCACAGGACUCAACGACAGUUUGCAGCCAAACAAGCAUCCGCUACCAACGCCCGAUCAGAUCUUUGCAAAAAUCGCCGGUAAGAAAGUGUUCAGCUCAAUCGACAUGUCGGAUGCAUUCUUCCAAGUUGAGCUGGAUGAAGAAGCAAAAAAGCUCAUGACAAUCAAUACACACUGUGGAUUAUUCAAAGUCAACCGACUACAGCAGGGUGUCAAGACUGCUCCAGGCAUCUUCCAGCAAAUCAUCGACACUAUGCUCAGCGGAAUUUGCACUUUCGGCUUCAUCGACGACAUGAUCACCGCAGGCGAUGACGAAGAGGACCACAAAAAGCAGCUGUUCAAGACAUUAGAGCGCCUACAAGAUUACGGCUUCAAACUUCGACUCGAUAAAUGCAAGUUUGGUAAACUAUCAGUCAACUUUUGCGGCCAUACAAUCGACAGCCAAAACAUCCGUCCUCAUCCCGGCAAACUCAACACGAUUCAAGAACUCCCGACACCGUCCAACGUACAACAGACACGAGCACUCCUAGGAGCGGUCAGUUAUUACGGCAAAUUCAUCAGAGGUUUAAAAGAGCUCCGACAACCGCUGCAUGAAUUGCUAAAGAAGGAUGCCAAGUUUAUAUGGAAGGCUGAGCACGACAAAGCAUUCAACAAAAUCAAAGAAGUUUUAGCUUCUGAUCUUUGCCUCACUCACUUCGAUCCAGCUAAGAAGAUCGUACUGGCCACCGAUGCAUCCGACUACGGUAUGGGCGCAGUAUUGAUGCAUGAGUUUCCUGAUGCAACGCUUCACCCGAUCAUGCAUUUCUCAGCUACAUUCAAUGCAGCCGAACGAAACUACCCGCAAAUGCAUAAAGAAGCACGAGCCCUUGUGUUCGGCCUGAAGAAAUCGCAUUAUUACAUCGCUGGACGAAGAUUCAAAAUCCAAAUCGAUCACAAACCGCUCUUGGCAAUCUUCAAUCCAAAAACGGGAAUUCCGUUAUACACUGCGGCACGACUUCAACGCUAUGCUUUAACUGUCCUUGCAUAUGACUUCGACAUCGAAUAUGUGAACACGGACAGCUUCGGAUAUGCAGAUGUUAUCUCGAGACUCAUGGCAAACCACACAAAGCCUGAUGAAGAGACAGUGAUUGCACCGAUUCAACUCGUGGAGAAGGAAAAUGAAGACAGCGAUAUUCAGUGUUUCGCCAUCGAGACAGCUUGUAAACUCCCAAUCAUCUUUAGCGACAUCCAAGCAGCAACAAAGUCGUGCCCUACGCUCUCUAAGGUGGCCCUCUACGUAGAAACCGACAACUGGCCCCAGAAGGAAAGCCAAAUCAAAGACGAGAAGACGCAGAAAUUUUUCCAAUUUCGUAACCAGCUCAUUGCCACCCAGGGAUGCAUCUUUUACGGUGAGCGGAUCGUCAUCCCAGAAACGUUCCGAAAACAGAUCCUUAAAGAUCUCCAUCAUGGCCAUCCGGGCGAGUGUCGCAUGAAACUUCUCGCAGCUAGCAAAGUCUUUUGGCCGAACAUCAAUAAAGACAUCGAACAAAUCGUCAGAACCUGUGAAAAGUGCGCUGCGACUGCCAAAACACCGAGGAAAUGUACACUUCAACCCUGGACCGUCCCGUCAUCACCAUGGUCACGUCUUCACAUCGAUUACGCAGGUCCAGUUGAAGGUCACUACUACCUGGUCAUAGUUGAUGCAUUUAGCAAAUGGCCGGAAAUCCAUCAAACGAACAGCACUACAUCAGCCAAAACCAUCGAACUGCUCGAAAAAAGUUUCACCCAACACGGAUGGUGCGACACCAUCAUCAGUGACAAUGGCCCACAGUUCGUCUCCGAACAAUUCGAGAACUAUUGUAAAUCCAAAGGAAUCAAGCACAUCACCACAGCUCCUUAUAGCCCACAGUCGAACGGCCAAGCAGAGCGCUUCGUGGACUUACUAAAAACGGGCCUCAAGAAAGCGACAGGUAGCAUCGAUCAAAAACUUCGCGAGUUUUUGUUUUACUAUCGCUCCACUCCAUCGUACGCGCUUGGUUCAAAAUCUCCUUCGGAAUUGCUCAAUAACCGGGCCAUGAAAACGAAACUGGACUGUUUGAAACCAAAGAGCUCCAGUUCACAGCAACAAAACAACAACAUGAAACAGCAAUUCGACCAUCACCAUGGAGCCAAGUGGAAGAACUUCCAAGUCGGAGAUCAAGUAUACUUCCAGCUCCACACGACAAACAACACUUGGAAGUGGUCCCCUGCAACUAUUGUUAAGAAACUCGGCGAAGUCAAUUAUCGUGUCAAGCUGGACAACUCAUGCAUCGUCAAAGCCCACGCUAAUCAACUCAAGUUCCGACAUGGAAGGAACGAGUUGAACGAGCUGCUCGAAAUACCAGAUUUCUCUCACAUUCCAACUGGAAACGUCGAACCAGUAAUCGUGCCUCAACAACAAACAACGGCUCAAGAAGACAUCCCCAAUCAAUCGAACGUCGAGCUCGAUGAUUCCGAUGUCUUCGAAGAUGCAUUGGACGAAGUGCAACAGCAACCGAUCCAGCAGCCAAUUCAGCCAAGACGAUCUGAGCGUUCUACCAAGGGUGUGCCUCCAGAUUACUUUCGAUUUUAAAGGGGGAGGAAUGUGGUAAACCCCCAAUACAUAUACGAUGUUCUCAUGAUAGAUAUAUAUAUAUAUAUAUAUUCUGGCGGGACUCGCGACCGGCAGGCGGCGCGGGGAGUCAGUGGAGCGGGAGCCAGGUAACGGGCGACCGGCUAGGAAAAGGGAAUAAAGUUCAUAUUGUGUAACCUUGUCCUCUUUAUUUACAACUGCGAGAUUACAACGCCAGGAACCAGCGCCUUGUCCUUUAUCCGGAAGUGCGAGAUUACAACACGUUCGUUCUCCAGACAGACGCCAGCGAUGUGGGACUCGGGGCAGUAUUAACACAGGAAAUUGACGGCCAAGAACGAGUCGUGGCA